GCAGACAUUUUUGUUCCUCUGCUCUCUCCAUUCGCCAUUCGUAGACGCCAAGAACCCUAACAGGCAACUGAUUUGCUUUGGAAUUGAUGGAGGCAAAUUUUUUUCGCUUUCUUAAGAUUGUGGGUGUUGGGUACAAAGCCAGAGCUGAAGCUGCAGGACGUGUAUUGUAUCUGAAAUUGGGGUACAGUCAUGAGGUUGAAUUAAGUGUGCCUCCUGCUGUCCGUGUUUUCUGCUUCAAAAACAAUGUAAUUUGCUGUACUGGAAUAGACAAGCAGAGGGUGCACCAGUUUGCUUCUACUGUUCGGAAUUGUAAGCCACCAGAAGUUUACAAAGGCAAAGGCAUAAUGUAUGUUGAUGAAGUUAUCAAGAAAAAACAAGGAAAGAAGUCUAAAUGAUCAUGUAAUCUUAGGUUAUUUUAUGAACUCUAGAACUUAGAUGUACACUGGCUAGGCUUUGGCUGCAGAAUUAUUCACUCUAGCCUUCAAACAAUUAUAAGUUAUCAACAAAAAAUUAUAAAAGAAUUUAAAAAAUUAUUGAUUCAAAUCAGUAAUUUAGAUCUAAUGGCUUGUAAUCAAUCUUUAUA